AUGCGUGACCCAGCGGCUGGCUCGCGGCGCCGCCUCUUCUCCUCCGCGUUCGGCGACGAAGCUUCCUCCAGCAACCCUGACGAAGACUACAUCGGAUUCGACGAUUUCGUCUCCGGGCCGACCGCUCCCGCUUCCGCGCAGCUCAAGGCAUUGUUGGAUAUUAAAGCCGCCUGGAAGAGCGGCUUCUACGCAGCUUCCACGUGGAAGGAGGGCAGUACGGACACAUCCGCGUGGGAGGGCCUCGAUAUUGACGACUCUGGGAAUGUCGUCAGCAUGCGGCUGGUCUCCGCGGGCGUCGAAGGCCCGCUGCCCGCGGCAUUCGCUGCACUGACGGCCCUCACGUCGCUAGAUCUCCGCCAAAAUAAGCUGACCGGCGAGAUUCCCCGCGGUGUUUUUUCCAAGAUGCCGUACCUCAAGGAGUUUUACGUAGCCGAUAACAAGCUCUCGGGGCUGUUUCCGUGGAGACAAAUAUUCGGGCAGGCGAAUUCCCCGCUGCAAAUGUUCGAAAUCGACGGCAACGCUUUCACUGGUGGCAUUCCCAACACCCUCUUCCAGAACUCGCCGAAUCUCCAAACUUUCACAGCUAGCGGCAACAAGUUCACCGGGCAGAUGCCUACUGGUUUGUCGGGCUGCCCGCUUCUUUCGGUCAUCGAUUUGUCGGACAACCAGCUGACCGGCCCAAUUCCGUCCGCGUUUGGCCGGAUGGACGGGCUCGAAGUGUUCGACGUCGGCAACAACCUGCUGACCGGUUACCUGCCGGCAACCUUCGGACUCUCCGCAACUCUCAUGAAUUUCGAUGUUAGCAACAACAAGCUGAGCGGUUACCUCCCCGCAUCGCUGGCCAAUCUCGGCCAAUCGCUGCGGGCCUUCAAAGUGGCGAACAACUACUUUACUGGCGUUUUGCCCAAGUUCCCAAACCUCGGGAGGGGAUGCGGCCCCAAGGGCUCCGACGCUGUUUCCUGUUACAGCAUCUGCAUCCCAUCCCUUCCUCCACUCCUAGCUCGCCGUCCGCCGUUCGCCGCACGCGAUUGGGUACGUCAUCCCCCCUUCCCGCCACGCCAUCUCCCCUUCCCGCCACGCCUUCUCCCCUUCCGGGCACGCCCUUGUUUCCUCCCCUGCACGCCCUCAUUCCAGAGCACUGAAUUUCCCUUUCCGCAACCUCAUUUCCGCCCGAAAUCCCCUUUUCCGCAACCUCUCGCCUUACCCAUUCCUGCUCCUAUUGCCUCCCGGUUCAAAUUCUUCUUUCGCCUCCCCGCGCGUGCUCCUCUCGCAUCCCCUCGCUCUCCUCGCGCUUUCCCCGCCCGGCCUCCUCACGCCUCCCCGCGCGCUCGACUCUCGCCUCCACGCGCGGCCUCCUCUCGCCUUGCCGCGCGUUCUCCUCUCGCCUCCCCGCGCCUGCUCUUUUUCGCCUCCCCGCGCCUGCUCUUCUCGCCUCCCCGCGCCUGCUCCUCUCGCCUCCCCGCGCGCGCGAUUUUCGCCUCCCCGCGCUCUCCUCUCGCCUCUCCGCGCGUCCCACCUCCACACGUGUCCUCCUCUCGCCUUCCCGCACAUGCGCAUCUAGCCUGCGUCGUCGGCUUCACCCUGCCUCCCCUCGCUGCCUCUCCGCGUCUCGCGGCGGCCUCCCAAAGCGAGCUGCACUCGAAUAAGGCCCUUCUCCUCCUCUCACCACGCCUUCUCCUCCUCUCACCACGCCUUCUCCUCCUCUCACCACGCGUUCUCCUCCUCUCACCACGCCUUCUCCUCCUCUCACCACGCCUUCUCCUCCUCUCACCACGCCUUCUCCUCCUCUCACCACGCCUUCUCCUCCUCUCACCACGCCUUCUCCUCCUCUCACCACGCCUUCUCCUCCUCUCACCAUGCCUUCUCCUCCUCCCGCCACCCCCUCUCCUCCUCCCACUAUGCCUUCUCCCCCUCCCGCCGUGCCCUAUCGUCCUCACGUCAUGCCUUCUCCUCCUCUCGCCAUGCCUUCUCCUCUCGCCAUGCCUUCUCCUCCUCUCACCAUGCCUUCUCCUCCUCUCACCACGCCUUCUCCUCCUCCCACCAUGCCUUUUCCUCAUCCCACCAUGCCUCCUCCCCCUCCCGCCGUGCCUUCUCGUCCUCUUGCCACUCCUCCUCUCCUGCUUCCCACCAUUUCCCCGCCUGCUUCCCCUAUUUUCCCCCUCUGCUCCUCUUUCCCCAUCUUCUCAACUUUCCCACCUCCGCUCUUUUUUCCCCUCUGCUUCUCUUCUCCCCCUCUUCUCCUCUUUUCCCUCACUGCUCCUCUUUCCCCCCUGUGCUCCUCUUUUCCCCCCCCUACUCCACUUUCCCCCUCUGCUCCUCUUUCCCUCUCUGCUCCUCUUUUUCCCGUCUGCUCCUCUUGUCCCCCUCGGCUCAUCUUUCCCCCCUCUGCUCAUCCUUUUCCUUACUGCACCUCUUUCCACCCACUGCUCCUCUUUUCCCCCUCUGCUCCUGUUUCCCCCCCCCCGCUCUCAGUUUUCCUCCCCUACUCCCCUUACCCUCUCUGAUCCUCUUUUCCCCCUCAAAUCCUCCUUCCCAUCCGCACCUCCCCCGUCCCCUCUUAUUCCUCUCCCUUCCCCGCCAGCUCACUCACCCCUUUCUUCUUUUGCUUCUCAGCCGCCAGUGAACCCGCGGGCUCCGGCCGUGAGAGUGCUCUGCCUACAGGUGGCUGAUGCUUUCUCUCAAUCGACAUGGCGCAAGGUUUGGGGCCCCACUAUAUACCGUUGCGACACCACGUGCCGUACAGCCAAGGUCACAUGA